AGGGAAGGCUGGGAUCUUUCUUCCUGUCCCUGGCUGGAGCUGAGAUUCGGUCCCCAUGGUAACAAAUCUGCUUUGAGGAAGAAGCCCUGCCCUCCCUGUGGAAUUGCCCUGAGUCAUCGCUUUGGGCUGAGGCCAUGGGAAGAAACCAUUGUGUGACAAGGAAGGAGGCAGCCCUCAGCCCAGGCCUAAACCAGGGAGGCCUGGGAAAGUGGGGCCAAGGGGUGGGCGCAAAAUGGCCACGGCAGGGGCUCCUGGCAGCCUUGAAUCCUGGAGCUAGCCUUCCCUAAUAGCCUAGGCACCACUGCCCUUGUCCUCCCAGCUGGCUCACUCACUGGUGUGAGGGCGUGAGGGCUCUGGUGCGUUGUGCCUGCCAGCAGGCACACAGCUAUAGAUCUGAGAAGGCCUUUGAGGAGUCACUGUGAGCAGAGGGGUGCUGGGGAAGGAGGGGUGUUGGCAAGAGAGGGGCAGACCAGGCAGACUGACAGCAGGGCGGGCUUUGCUCACGCCAGGCCGUGGGCGGGCUCAGGCUGAGUUUCACUUCCCGCCACUGCUGCCAGCAGCAAGAAUCAGCCAGAAAGUGUGCGCCCCGAGUCAUUGCUGCCUGCCUGCUACUCGGCUCAGCGGCAGGUACCCACCAUGGGCUCGCAGGCCCUGCUCCCGGGUCCUGUGCAGACCCUCAUCUUCUUGGACCUGGAAGCCACUGGCCUGCCAUUCUCCCAGCCCAAGGUCACGGAGCUGUGCCUGCUGGCCAUCCACAGAUGUGCCCUGGAGAGCCCUCCCACCCCUCAGGGGCCUCCUUCCACAGUUCCCCCACCACCCCGAGUGGUGGACAAGCUCUCCCUGUGCGUGGCUCCAGGGAAGGCCUGUAGCCCCGCAGCCAGCGAGAUCACAGGCCUGAGCACAGCUAUGCUGGCAGCGCAUGGGCGUCAACGCUUCGAUGCCAACCUGGGCAACCUGCUCCGAGCCUUCCUGCAGCGCCAGCCACAGCCCUGGUGCCUCGUGGCACACAACGGUGACCGCUACGACUUCCCCCUGCUCCAGGCAGAGUUCGCUGUGCUGGGCCUUGCCAGUGCUCUGGACGGCGCCUUCUGUGUGGAUAGCAUUGCUGCCCUGAAGGCCCUGGAGCGAGCUGGCAGCCCCUCGGAGCAUGGCCCAAGGAAAAGCUACAGCCUGGGCAGCAUCUACACACGCCUGUAUGGGCAGGCCCCCCCAGACUCGCACACGGCCGAGGGUGACGUCCUAGCUCUGCUCAGCAUCUGUCAGUGGAGGCCGCGGGCCCUUCUGCAGUGGGUGGAUGCUCACGCCAGGCCCUUCAGCACCGUCAAGCCAAUGUACGGGGUCACAGCCUCUACUGGAGCCAACCCAAGGCCAUCUGCUGCCAUAGCCACUGUACCCCUGGCCAGAGCCAAGGACACCAGUCCCAACCUUGAGGUGGGCAGGAGGCCCAAGGCCCUUCCUCCAAUGCAGAGCCCUGGAGCCCCACCCAGGGAGGGACUGCUGGCCCCACUGGGCCUGCUGGCCUUCCUGACCUUGGCAGUAGCCACACUGUAUGGGCUGUCUCUGGCCACACCUGGGCAGUAGGCCAAGAAGGAGAGUCUGACUAAUAAAGCCCCCACAGCACUGAGUGGUCACUCGCCUCUAACCCUCCUUGGCAGCCUGAGAGCCUCCUGCACCUCUGCCCACAUUCAGGGACCUAGGGAGGGGGCCUAGAGAGUGGCACAGUCUUUGUCCCUCACCCACCCUAGCAGGAUGGUCAGAUGUCUGAGCCCAAUAAAAGUAGGGAAAACAUGGAAAUCCAAGCGUUGGUACCUAGCCUAAUGCCGAAUCCCAGCAGCCAAGGCUCUGAAGAAAGGGGGCAGCAGCUCCAAAUGUUUGCAUUUAUUAUAAACAAGGGUGCAGACCCUAGACUCUCAAAAAUACGUGAACAAGUACAAGGCUAAGACAGAUCUGGUGAGACAUUAACAGAGGAACAGGGAACACCGAGGUAUUCAUGUCUGGGCCAGAGCAGCCACCCAGGGCCCCCCUCCACCUUUGGUCCAGACGGCCUGUUGGCCCAGGUGUCCCCGCUGCCAGGACAAAGUGUCGACUAGUGUACAGGAGCUGGAUAUUCUGUGAGGCUGGUGUCAGGGGAAGCAGGAACUAUCAGAGGUCAGAUGGUGCCUCUCCUCUGUGGCCCAGUUUCCCUCCAGGACCCAGGGGUGUCAGCCUCACGGCAACUAUCACACACAUUUUGAAACAGAAAACAGGCAAAAUAUUUGGCUAAAAGUAAACAAAAACACUGCAGGGAGGACACCUGAGUGUGUAGGUAGACAGAGACCACCCUGCCCACCUGUGGUGGGGGCCAGGGCCAGCAAGGGAAGCCAGAACUGUGGGUGGAUGUGGCCCUCCCGGUGGUCCCAGGGAGGAUGCAGGGCAGUCCAGGCAGACAUUAUUAGGGGUGGGUGUGGCUCUGCUCAAGUUGUUUUAUCAGAAGGCUGCCCACCCUCCACUGGGCAUGGUACAGGCUCCGAGGAUCUAUACGACAUCUGCCAAAAGGAUUGAAACCCUACGUAAGCAGGUGUCAAGCCACACCCACUUGCCUGCAUCAUGGCUCUGAUUCUUCCAAGGGUACCGCACACCCUGGGGACAAGCUAUGGCCUCGAGCAAUGGCUAACCGUUCUGCCAAGAACACGUCUGCAGCUUGCCCACAGAAAGCUGUGCUAUUCUAGUGUGAUGAGCCACAACUGGUCUCCCUGGGGUGGUCUGGAAAAGAACUCUCACCCAUUUUUUUAAUUUUGCUUGAGAUUUCAAGGAAGCAUAAUUUCAAGUGAGGAAGAGAACAAAAUAUGGUCCCAGCAAUUCUGGCAAGGAUUGUU